AUGAGUGAAAGUUAGGAGUCAUCAGAAUUUCAAUCAGGAUCCUCUAAACUUGAAUAUAAGAGAAGUAACUAGUUAGGAUUGACUAAUGUUGAAAGUGGGGAUGAAUAAAUAAAAAAGAAAGCAAAAUUAAAUGACGAAAAUGGACAAAUUAAAAUUUCAAGAAAGGUAAGUGAUGAUCUUAUCAAAAUAUUCGAGAGAUUGCCAAACGAUUAAAUCACAAAAUUAUUAGAUGUCAUCAAAGUCAAAAAUUCACCUGAUUUACAUGUUAAGGUGAAUCUUGUUGAUUUGAUGCAGAAGGAUGAAGAUUUUGCUUUGGAUAGUUAAUCUGACUCAUAAAAAGAGAAAAAAAGGAAAAAAAGAGAAUCCAAAGAAAAGGAAUGCAGAUGUUGUAAAUAAGUAGUGAAACGUCAUCAUUGCACACAUACAGAAUGCGAAAAGCCUUGUUAAAUCUUAGAAAAAAUGAAAAAAUGCAAAACUUGA